AUGCUGACUGACUUGCCAGGUCUGGCCUCCUCGAGGCGCAAGUCUCGGAAGGUGCACUUUUCCGCACCCUCGAGUGUUCGACGAACGAUUAUGAGCGCUCCUCUGAGCAAGGAAUUGAGAGAAAAGCACAAUGUCCGCAGCAUUCCCAUCCGAAAAGACGACGAAGUCACCGUGGUCCGAGGAUCGAACAAAGGCCGGGAAGGAAAGGUCACCUCCGUCUACCGAUUGAAGUACCUCAUCCACAUCGAGCGCGUUUCCCGCGAGAAGUCAAAUGGCCAAUCCGUCCCUCUCGGCAUUCACCCCAGCAAAGUCAUCGUCACCAAGCUCAAGCUCGACAAGGACAGGGAGAACCUCCUGGACAGAAUCGCAAAGGGCCGUGAAGCCGUCAAGUCGGAGUAA